AGAGGAGUCGACUGAACCUCGCCAUUCCAAAGCACUAAAGCCCGAAGUGACGCACAAGCCGUCCGCGCCCACUUUUGUUCGCCGGACCACUUGUUCCACCUCCAGUUCUAUCAUUUACGACGGAGAGCGAGUAGGGAAGUCGACGAAGAUAGACGAUACCGGGCGGGCAAUGAGCCGCACUAUUCUCUCCCACUUCCCCAUCCUAUCCAGAUCUUCCUGCCGCCUUCUCUCCUCGAUAAUCGGUAGCGGCCGAGGUGCAAACCAAGCGCGUCGCUUGUGCAGAAUGCCCAUCACACUGCCUGUUGCAGGCGCGGGAUUCCGGUGCAAUUGUACAAUUUAUGCUCCCGAGAGCGAGGCUCCUGAAAGCUCGGCGAUCCGAAAAAAACAAAGGGUUGUUUCUGGUGUCCAACCUACAGGGUCUGUUCACCUGGGAAAUUACCUUGGUGCCAUUAAGAAUUGGGUCUUACUUCAGGAUACUUAUGAGACACUCUUCUUCAUUGCUGACUUGCAUGCGGGAACAUUGGUUUCAUCCUAUUGGGCUGCUAUCAAAACCCCUCCAUGUGGGUCUGUCACAGUGCAGGGAACAUUGGUAGGCAUGUCAGCUGGUAGCGGCGGCAAUGUUGUUGGUGGGCAACUUAAAGUUAACAACGGUGUUGGUGGGCGGCGGUGGGCUGACGCCGGUGGCAGCGAGCGGAUUGUAAUGGUGGGCGGCGGUGGCAAGCGGUUGGUGGCAGGUAGAGGCAAAAUGAGAUUUGAAGCGACAAGGAACACAGCAGCUAUUUAUUUGGCAUGUGGUGUAGAUACCUUGAAGGCUUCUGUAUUUGUACAGUCACAUGUUCACGCGCAUUUAGAAUUAAUGUGGCUAUUGUGUUCUGACACACCAACUGGUUGGUUGAAUAGAAUGAUCCAGUUUAAAGAAAAAUCACGCAAGGCGGGCGAUGAAAAUGUUGGAGCAGCCCUUCUAACAUACCCUGUCUUAAUGGCUGCUGAUAUUCUUCUUUAUCAGUCUGAUUUUGUGCCUGUUGGGGAGGAUCAGAUGCAGCAUCUUGAACUAACCCGUGAACUGGCUGAGAAAAUGAACCACCUGUAUGGAGGACGGAAAUGGAAGAAAUUGGGAGGGAAAGGCGGUGCACUCUUUAAGGUCCCUGAAGCUCUUAUUCAGCCAGCAGGUGCUCGUGUUAUGUCUCUCACAGAUGGUCUUUCAAAGAUGUCAAAGUCGGCUCCUUCAGAUAUGUCUCGUAUCAAUCUUCUGGAUCCAAAAGAUGUCAUUGCCAACAAGAUCAAGCGUUGCAAAACUGACUCGCCUCCAGGGUUUGUAAUAUAUAUCUACUGCAAUUGUUUCUCCUUUUCUAUAUUAUAUUUUGCAUGAUAUUUUGAAGAUCAUGCGUGUUAUU